ACUCUGCUGCGUUUACUUAGUGGUGGAGGUGAAAUGGAGGCCAGUGUUCCUUCAACUGACAUUUUACUCUCCUUGGGCUUUUUUGAGGGUAGUAUGUGGAAUCAGUGUUAUGACUUUUCAGUCAUAUCUCCCCUAUUUUAAAACUGCAGAGUUGGGCUUCCCUGGUGGCACAGUGGUUAAGAAUCCGCCUGCCAAUGCAGGGGACCCGGGUUCGAUCCCUGGUCUGGGAAGAUCCCACAUGCUGUGGAGCAGCUAAGCCCGUGCGCCACAACUACUGAGCCUGCGCUCUGGAGCCCGCGAGCCACAACUACUGAAGUCUGUGCACCACAACUGCUGAAGCCUGCACACCUAGAACCCAUGCUCCGCAGCAAGAGAAGCCACUGCAAAGAGAAGCCUGCAUGCCGCAACGGAGAGUAACCCCCACUUGCCACAACUAGAGAAAGCCCGUGCACAGCAACAAAGACCCAAUGCAGCCAAAAAAAGAAAAAAGAAAAAAGAAAAAAAAAACCCAAACUGCAGAGUUCAUCUUACUACCUUACUGGGGAGCACCUCGGCAAUAAAUUCUGAUGGAAAAAACUUGUCUGAUGAAUGGGGCAGGAAGGCAUCACAGCAGUGCUGACACUAGCAUUGCAGUUUGCUGAACCUUGUGUCCACUGAUCAUUCCAAGAGCUAGCUGUCCAAGAUUCAACAAUGUCUCACCCAUCUUGGCUGCCACCCAAAAGCUCUGCUGAGCCCCUUGGCCAUGUGUCUGCACGGAUGGAGACCACCCAUUCCUUUGGGACCCCCAGCAUUUCAGUGUCCACACAACAACCACCGAAGAAGUUUGCCCCAGUCGUUGCUCCAAAGCCCAAGUACAACCCAUACAAGCAACCUGGCGGUGAAGGUGAUUUUCUUCCACCCCCGCCUCCACCUCUAGAUGAUUCCAGUGCUUCUCCAUCGGGCUCUGGGAACUUCCCUCCUCCGCCUACCCUUGAUGACAGUACUUUCAGGGCACAGGGAAAUCCUGGAGGCAAGACCCUUGAGGAGAGACGCUCGAGCCUGGAUGCUGAGAUCGACUCGUUGACUAGCAUCUUGGCUGACCUGGAGUGCAGCUCCCCCUACAAGCCUCGGCCUCCACAGGGCUCUACUAGCUCAACAACAGCUUCUCCUCCAGUCUCCACCCCUGUCACAGGACAUAAGAGAAUGGUCAUACCAAACCAGCCCCCUCUGACGGCAACGAAAAAGUCUACAUUGAAGCCACAGCCUGUACCCCAGGCUGCACCCAUCCCCGUGGCUCCAAUUGGAACACUAAAACCCCAGCCUCAGCCCGUCCCAGCCUCCUACACUACGGCAUCUACCCCUUCAAGGCCUACCUUCAAUGUGCAGGUGAAGUCAGCCCAGCCCAGCUCUCAUUACAUGGCUGCCCCUUCACCAGGACAAUUUUAUGGCUCGGGGCCAGGGACCCAGGGCUAUAACACUCAACCAGUUCCUGUCGCUGGGCAGGGUCCACCUCCUUCUACACGGGGAGGCAUGGAUUAUGCGUAUAUUCCACCACCAGGACUUCAGCCUGAGCCUGGGUAUGGGUAUGUCCCCAACCAAGGACGCUAUUAUGAACCCUAUUGUGCAGCGGGGCCUGGCUAUGGGGGCAAAAAUGACUCUGAUCCUGCCUAUGGUCAACAAGGUCACCCAAAUACCUGGAAGCGGGAACAAGGGUAUACUCCUUCUGGCACCGGGAACCAGAACCCUGCUGGGAUGUAUCCAGUUGCUGGUCCCAAGAAGACCUAUAUCACAGAUCCUGUUUCAGCCCCCUGUGCACCGCCACUGCAACCAAAGAGUGGACAAACAGGAUCCAUGGGGCCUCCGGCUGUCCCCUCCUCAUUCCGCCCUGAAGAUGAGCUCGAGCAUCUGACCAAGAAGAUGCUGUAUGACAUGGAAAAUCCACCCGCCGAUGAAUACUUUGGCCGCUGUGCUCGCUGUGGGGAAAAUGUAGUAGGGGAAGGUACAGGAUGCACUGCCAUGGAUCAGGUCUUCCACGUGGAUUGUUUUACCUGCAUCGUCUGUAACAACAAGCUCCGAGGGCAGCCCUUCUAUGCAGUGGAGAAGAAAGCCUACUGUGAGCCCUGCUACAUCAAUACCCUGGAGCAGUGCAGCGUGUGCUCCAAGCCCAUCAUGGAGCGGAUUCUCCGAGCCACUGGGAAGGCCUAUCAUCCUCACUGCUUUACCUGCGUGAUGUGCCACCGCAGCCUGGAUGGGAUCCCGUUCACCGUGGACGCUGGCGGCCUCAUCCACUGCAUCGAAGACUUCCACAAGAAGUUUGCCCCCCGCUGUUCUGUGUGCAAGGAGCCUAUCAUGCCAGCCCCCGGCCAGGAAGAGACUGUCCGGAUUGUGGCUCUGGAUCGCGAUUUCCAUGUUCACUGCUACCGGUGUGAGGAUUGUGGUGGUCUCCUGUCUGAAGGAGAUAACCAAGGCUGCUACCCUUUGGAUGGACACAUCCUCUGCAAGACCUGCAACUCUGCCCGCAUCAGGGUGUUGACCGCCAAGGCUAGCACUGACCUUUAAAUCCAGUCACCUAUUUAGCGGUUAGUUGGUGGCUCUGAGAAGGAUGAAACACAAGAAAAAUAUAAGAAGAGAAAUAGGAAAAGAGAGGAAAGGCAGUCAAGCUAUGGGAUGGUCUCUAUUUCAUCCACUAUUAACCUUUCUUUAGAAACACAUAGAGUAUGAGAUUUUUUAAAGUUCUUACCAAAUACACAUUUCACAUUUAAUCAUGUAGGACCUUGAUGGGCCUUUGUUCCCAAGGACUUGCACAUUUUUGCACGGAUUAUGCUCCAUCCCAUUCACUUCUGCAUUCCUUUAACUUUUAAUCCCUAUGUUUGUCUCACUUUUCAUCUGGUUGAAUGGCUUUUUUUAGUGUGGUAUUUGCUGUCACACAGUUUUUCCUGGGUGAGUCUGCAAACUCACAGGUGCUUUUAGGCUUGAAGGCUCCAUCCUAUCACUUCCACACUGCCAGUGAGCAUAAAAGAUAGCCAUUCGUUUUCUGUGUUUUGAAAAAUAGAUGUUUCUGUUGCUCUAAACUAGUCAUGUUCCUUGGGGAAAAAAAUGCACAAUUAUAUGUCAGGCUAUAAAGAAUUUAAGCUGUAAAUUACCUAGGUUAAAAGAAGCCCACAUUGAAUUUGCAGCCACCCUAAUUCAAAAUCUAUAAUGACCAGUGUUUGGGGCUCAUUUGAAAACAGAUACUGGUGAGAGAGAACCAAACUUCAAUAUUUUUCUAAAGAAAUUACAGAUGGGGUAUGCUGGAUAAAGCAUUUGGGGGUUAUAUUUGAAAAACUCAUUAUUACCCCAAAAUAUUAUCUUAAGAUUUUCCUUUUCCAUGCUACCUGGACAUAAUAAUAUGGGCAGAGUUGGUUUUCUCUAGAAUAUAACAUUUCCAAUACUGUUCCGCUUUUCAUGUCAGAAAUAUUGCCAUUUUUUUUUUUAAUAUCCAAACACAAGUACCAAAAUUGACUUUUUCUCUAGAGGAAAAUAGCUAUAAAGAGCAGUUUAAAUUUUUUUUUCCAGGCCCAGGUCCUUUUUGCCUGACAGUUGCAAAUCAGGGCACAUAAAAUUGUGUUAGUUUUGUGUAGUUUACUUUAAAAAGACAGGAAAGCUUGAAAAGCUUGUGAAACCACAGUUUCAUUAUUCUUAUAAUCAUUCUACAACUCAAAUUACAUACACUGCAGAAGACAUUUUCAUAUCAUCGAUGUGACAUUUACACCACACUUUCAAAGACAAUCACUGAAAAAACAUCGCCUUGUUGAGCUAAAAAUAUGCAGAGUCUCUGCCUAGAAUCUUUAUUCAAACUCUUAUUGGGCAGUGAAAUGCUUGCUUGCCAGCUCUAGGACCGCAUAUACUUUAUUAGGUUUUAACAUGUUUCUUUUAAGGAAGGACACUUCUCUUAGUAGCAGGUUACCGUUUUGUAAACUAAUUAAGUAUCUUGGAUUAAGAUUAGUUAAAACUUUCUUCAAGUUUUUCACAAGUAUAUACUUUUAAAUUAUGAAGUAUUUUAAAUAUACACAAAAGUAUAAAUAAUAAUAUAAUGAAUCUCUGUGCCACCCAGUUUAAGAAAUCAAAUAUAACAAAUAUAGCUACAUUCCCCUGUAUACCCUUCCCUGAUUCCACAGAUAUUUUUUUCAUGAUUAGAAAGUGAUAAAGUUUUCUAGUCUGACUUUUGUUUCUAAUUUUUCAUUUUAACACUCAGAAAUGAAAAAUUGUGUGUGUUUUGAAUUGCAACCCAGGCCUCAAGAGUCCCAAUUAAAUUUAUUUUACUUUAGUAGGAAUAAUCAUAAAGGUGGUUGAUUUUUUUUUUUUUUUUUCUGUAAGAAAUUCUUAAGCUUAUAGGUCUUCUGAGUUAAUCUGUGGCUCAUUUGCUUUGGUCACCAAACGGUUUUGUUUUAGAACCACCACAGUUACAGCUUUUCAAAGGGUCGUUUGACCACUGUCCUUUCCUUACCUUGCUGCCCUUAUCCUUGGUCUCACAUUUCUCAUAAUGUGAAAUACAAGGGGUCCACUUCGGGCAGCAUGUGAAUUUUAGGAUACAAUGGCAACCGUAUCUCUGAAUUUCUGUCUUCCAAAUGAAAGGCCAGACCAUGCGGAUGAGCUCAAAGAAUACUGACUAUUAGACAAUUGAGGUGAUCAUGAUAAUAUAAUCUGCUUGAAUUGUUUCAGUAACUUGUUUUCUAUGAAAUACUUGGGGGGAAAUUGUCUUUUGGUCAAAAGCAAAGAGCCCAGUUUGUUGAGAGAUAGAUUUUAUCUCUUGACGUGCAGUCCUAUUAGUAUGAAUUUUGCCAAAGGAGGGAGAAUUUAUGAAAUAUUUAUACUAUAAAAAUGCAAUAACAUUCUACUUGUUUGUUACAUUUAAGUCCUUAUGUAACUGAAUGUUUACAUGCCAAAAAAAAAAAAGAGUUAUAAAAAAGUGCUUUCACAGGCCCCUCACUGUGGCAUUGCCAGAAUACUGCUUGCUUACAAUCUUUAUAGUGCAUUUUUAUCACAUAACCUCAGAGUAUCUUUACCAAAGAUUUUUAAAGUAAAUCUCUUUUUAAUAUAGACUUACCAUACUUUUAUAAUAAUGAAUGUGCUCACCUACAUAUAUAGACUAUUUAGAUUUAGAUUUUUUUUUUCUUUCACAAGGUAUAAUAAGGAAAGGAUCCUAAAAUAUUUUAUUUCAGGAUUUCUUAAAUAUAUGAUUUAUAUUGCUUUCUUAUCUUCUGUUAAUCAUUUGGUGUCAGCAAUGCCAAAUCAUUUUUUACUGUUUUAGCUACAUGAAAUUUUGCCUAUAACAGAGAUAUAAAGCUCUAGUACCUUAAGGAUUAUAAUUCUACUGUCUUUUGAUAUAUUGCCUUGAUUGUUAAUCAUUUAAAUACAUAAAUAAUAGAAAAGAAUCAUAGAGUCUAUAAGAGAAAGUUUGUAAAAAUAUACUGGCUUAAAAAAAUUGUCAAGAACACAAAUAUUUGGUAAUUUUAUGUAACAUGAGAGACAUGCAAAAGGAAGAAGAAACCCACUGUGUCUUGGGCUCUGCAGACCGUUUCACAGUUAGAUUUCUCCAUUGCCUGGAUCUCCAGCUCAUGGCGACUCAGUGUGGAGUCUCAUCUGCAAACAAAUCGGCCUUUAAAACUCAAAAAUAAGUCACGUGUCCCAGCAAAGUGCAUCAAGACUUUGAGAUCCUGAACAUCUCUGCAGCUCAAAGAUGUGGGUUCUUUUUUCUUUCAUUAACAAAUUGUUUCUGUAAGAGCAACUUCUCUGAUCAAAAUUACUCAUUGAGUGUAUGCUGAUUAAUACAGUGGAGAUAUCAACAGUAUAAUUGUUUUCUCACUAUGAAAUAUUCUGCAGAGAUGUUUGUGAUGACGUUUCAAGCAUAUAAAACUCUCAAGUGUUUUAUAUUUGGGUCCCAGGGGGGAAAAAAAGCAUUUUACCAUGGGGCUAUAGUAGAGGGUUUAUGGAAUAUAGACAGGACUCUGAAAACACAACUUCCAACAGUUUUCCUAGUUAGUAAAAAUCCUAUUAAUGUGAACCAGCCAGGAGUAACAGUGUUAUUUCUAUUUGAUAUGGUUUGGGCUUCUCUUGUCAAAUCUGUGUCGGCUGCCCCUUGAUCCCUCCAUUAUCAAGUUUUGCAGGGUGUUGGGGAAGUUAUGGCAGCUUCCAGGGAGAUCAGGGAAACACUGAUGUAACCUCACAGCCUCUUACCAUUCCUCUUGGCUUGGAAAGGCUUUUUUUCCAUAUACAUUUCUAGAAAUAUUGCUAUUCUACCUUAGUAUUUCACAUUUGUAGUUUAAACAAGCGAUUGUCCAUCUGUUGCCUAGAGCUACAGUACAUGUGUGUUAUGAAUGAAAUAUGACAGCAUGUUCCAUACCAUGCUUUAGCCAUCUGUAGGAAACCAGGAGGCUGGAAAAGAUAUACCUCUGCAAAAUGUGCCUCAAGUUCAUUUCCUGAGAUCGUUCUUUUGGUGCACUUUCAUGGGAGACAAUCAGAGAGCAACAUGUAUGUGUGCCUAAUUUUUAAAGAAUCUUUACACUACUAUGAAUGCUCCACUGAAGAGUCUGUCACUUAAAUAACCAUCCCCAAAUCUCUAAGAUAUACUCAUCAAAAAGUCAAAAUCCAGAGAAAUCUGAACUCUUCAUCUUAAUGUAUUCUAACAGUAUUUCUGUCCUCGCCAUCUCUUAGAAGUACCUUACGGAUUCCUAAAUUAGGUAAACAUUCUUAUGCCACAAGGUGAUGUCUUGGGUGUUGUUAGUGACUUAGUGGUCUUACUCUCAUUUUAGUUAGAUAAUGAAGACAGACUUCCACUUGAGCCUUUAACACCUAUUCAGCAUGUCCACUUUUUUUUUAAUUGCCACAAUUUUUUUGUUUGUUGUUGUUUUUUUAAAUUUAAUAGUGUACAGAACACGUUGAGGAUCUUGGUUCUGAGUCAUUAUUAUGGUGCAAUCAUGAACAUUUCAGGUCAGGUUAUUUCCUUGACAGAUAACUUUUCUCAUGAAGCUGUUGUUUAGUUCACUUAUUAUUUCAACCUUUAAAAAGUGAUCUGAUUAAAGCUGUGUGGCGUGGUGAGAGUUCUUCCCCUCUCUCUCUCUCUCUCCCCCCACCCCUUGUCUCCCUUCUUAUUCCUUCCCAUUCCUACUCAUUAAUGUUAUCGUGAUUGGACUUUUCAUAAAUAAGUUAAAUCAAUGCAUUACAAUCCUUAUGGAAUUAUGAUCAUAUUAAAGGAAGAAUUGUACCGCAAAAUAUGUGUCAUCCAUCAAUUCUUUCUUUAAAAGUGCCUAUUUUUCCAGAUUGUGUUUAUUCAUAAAGUGAGGUGAGAUAAUAGAGUCUUUCAGUUUUAUUUUAAUGAGAUUUCAUCAGGGACUCAGAUCACAGAGUUCUUGGCAGAUUCCUUUAUGACUGGCCUACUUUUCUCAGCUAUAGGCAAAGUGAUCUUUCUAAGACUAGGUUGAGAUUUAUUUUUUAAUCCAAAGCAUUUUGACUAACAAAACAAUCAUAUUUUUAAGUGGUGGCAUGUUAUUUUAGAUCAGUGAAACUUGAGAGUUUUCCUUAUGGCAGGGGAAAGCUAUUAUCCUUCUGGAAUUUUUGCACAUAUCAGCAUUUUUCCCAUGACAAUAAUAUUAAACCCUAAUACUUGAAUCACAGUAUUUUGCAGGGAGUAGGUCAGCAACAGAGUUUUUCCUGAAGCACAGAUUACAGACCUGUAGUCUGUUUAUAAAAAGCAACCUGAGAAGAACAAUCUGGGUCUUUCAGUAAAACAUUGUCUUAAAAUGAGUCUGAGAUUCUUUUGAACUCUGGCUAAGACUGAUCAAAACAGGCCUUCUGUGUCGAUUUUUUAUAAAUUUGUUUAGAAAAAGCUUAUAAUUCUAGGACUGUAUUUCUAUUUUAGGUUUCUGCCCUUCUGUUUUCUACAAGUUGAUCUCGAUUUUCCUUUUUACGAGGAUCACAUAUGAGGAAAGUAAAAGCAUAAUUAAUACAUACAUAAUUCAAUACACAAAUGAAUUUGCCCAGAAUUAAUGAUAGUCUCAGUGAAUGUGUUGUUUUGAUAAACAGGCAGAGGUUUGGGGGGGGGGUUUUGUUUGUUUUGGGGUUGUUGUUUUUUUUACCUGUCUCCAGGAAGAGAGGGAUUUGGCGGGAAGGAGGAAUUUGAGAGAAGGAGCAGGUCACAAUUUAAACCAUAAGAUUCUUGUACAGUGUAUCUCAGAAUUUUCAUAGGAGUUUUAAGGAUGGGCAAUUGUAGUUUUUUAAACAAGUAAAAUAUUUAUAUUUCCAAGUUUAUGAGGUGUUUAAAAAUCACUAUGGCUAACAAUGUAUUUUUCCCUUGUCAGAAGAGAAUUAAAAUGGGAGCUGCUUCUCAGCCUCAUGGCAUGGCCAUAACUACACAAGACUUUUAUAAUACAUGUCAUUUCAUCCCUCUGUGAGAGGGCCAUAGCUCGUUCUCUUUGUGACAGAUGGCAAUGCAUAUUCUUACGUAGUCUUAGUUAAGCUGUACUACACCCUGAGCAUCUCUGAAGGUUAGAGGUUUCUGCUUUCACACAUUCAAUAUUUCAUCCCUUCUGAUGUACCUACUUGGUGCGCACAGUAAGCAGGAGUUGUUUCGGUCUGCGGGCCUCUUGUUCAAACCCAGUCAUCCAUUUUCUGUCACGCGCUGCCGAAACAGCCGUACUAGAAUUGAUUUGUACUGCUUUUUUCCUUUUUACUUACAAGCACAGAAAACUAACUUUAGCUUACUAAGUUCAAAGAAGAAAUAGAAAAUGGCAUAUUUUUCCUUCAAUAUAGAAAGGAAAGACACUUACUCCUUUACCUCUUUUAUUUUCCUGGACCCUGUGCAAAAAGUUGUAGACUCUGUAAUUUUGUUAUCCAACAUGGGUGUGGCUUAUUUUGUGGGAAGUUGUGUGGAAGAUGCAUUUUAUUAAACUCAUUGACUUUUCUCCCGUGAAGUUACCAAAAAAAAAUUACUAAAAUCUUCGCUCUUUAUUCCUGAUUGUUACUUAAUUUAUGGCAGUUUCUAACCACACUAAUAAAUAUCUCUUAUCCUAGCCCUUGUUAUAAGCACAGAUUUUGUAGGAUUCUACAAGCAAAAUGUUAUGUAUACCAGAAAGAUGAGGGAAACCGAUAGCUAAUUCUUUGUAAUACCUUAAGAUGGUUACAUUAAUCUUUCCCUACUGUGUGCUUGAUACUUUUUCCAGGAUACUUAUUCACUUAUGGGCAAGAGAAAACAUCAUUCAUCUAACUCUGUUAGAUAUUUACCUAAUAGUCCCAAAUAGAAGUCUUAUUAAAUGACCCACAAAUGCAAUCAACUUGGUACUGAACAUAGCUUCUAAAUUCAGUGUUCAACCCCAGGAAUAGAAUGAUCUACCAAGACUGAGACAGGUUUCAUUAUGUCAUCUUGUGUUCUACACCAGUGUAGAGGGCUAUAGCUGACCCCAAGCCCCAGUGCUGUUCCUAGACAAAUCGUGCGUCCUUUAAGGAUCUGAAUCUCCCGUUAUUUUCCUGAAAAGUCUCCAUUUCACAUCUUCUUAGAGCUGGCUAGUAUGUAGUAGUAUUCAUGGCAGUCCCUUCUUCCAUUGGGGCAACUUUUUUCUACAAAAGUUCUUCGGUGUUAAACAAAACUCUGGCUCUGGAGCUAUGCACAAGAAGUCUAAUGUCUAAUGUCUAAAUCGUUGCCUCUCGGUCAGAUAUCACUAACUCUUUCAGCUUUUCCUCAUUGAUUGACAUGGUAUCAAGUCCAAUCACCCUCUUGCUUCUCCUUUGAACAGUUGGACCCAACAAUAUUUUCUAAUUUUGUUUCAAUCUACUUGGUGAAAUGUGGCCAGCACUUUGGGUCAGGCUAGGUAAAAACACUUUCUUCAGGGUUGAAAGUAAGUGGAAUUGGAAUCAUCCAAAGGAAACUGAUAUUCGAUGUGGAAACUUCCCCCAAGGACUCAGACCCAGGAGAGUGAAAGCUUGAUGAGGCUAGAUCUCCCAUGUGUGCAAAACAGUCCUCUUACACUGUGUCCUUUACUGUUUUUGUUGUUACCAAAAAGUCAAAAGAGGAAGUGAGCUAGUUUGUAUAUAUGUCAUCCAUAAGACUCCCACUUCUUGGUCAAUGUUCAUAAAUUCUCUUCAACCCUUUCCCUUUGUUCUUGUCUUCUCAAGAAUAAGACAUUUCUUGUCCAUGUUCCCAUACUGAAUACACAAAAAGAGUCCUGAGCUCUUUAUAGGUUCCACAUAAAUAUUUCUGGCUGGUUGGGUGUUGAGAUUUGCUUUGAUUCUUCUGGGCUCAAAUGUUAGUACCUAUAGAUGUUGCACUCUAGACCAAGUGAGCAGCUUCCCUACUUGAUUAGUUAAGAACUACCCUUAGAAGUCCAUGUUUUCUCUAUACUUCUGUCUUUCUAACAUCUUUACCCCUUACUCAUCUCCUCAAUGUAGUAAUCACUUUAAGAGAACCAGCCGCUAAGUAAUUUUGAUUGAAGCUAACUGCAGUAAAAUCAAAUAAGUUCAGUCUGCACUCCAUAGGAAGGAAUAUAGCUUCAGGAAAAGUAAUUCUCCCCAGUGGUAUCAGUAAGGCUUCAUGGAAGAGUGAACUUUGUUAAGGAAUCUUGGUUCAUUGGCUUGAUUUAGAAGUUUAGAGAAGACUAUUGACGGCACCAGAAACAAAAGGAAAGCAUAGGUUAUGUUCAGAGAAGACCUUCUGCUUUAAGUAUCACAGAUUCUGGAAUGUCCUUCACAGGAGAAAACGCUUCCAGAUAUUCAAGGUCAGUGAGAAGGGAAAAGCAUAGAGCAAGAUUGAUUCAAUUUGCUUUUUCAUCUCUAUGUAAAUGUAAGAUGGGAUAAAUUGUCAAAUUAUAAUCCAAUCCAUACAGUAUCAACAGGAAUCUUCUUUGAUAACAUACAAAAUGCACAUUUGCAUUGGUUCAUAGUUCUGUACUCCACUCUUGCACCAAACACCCCUAUCUUUUGAGCCCACAAGGCAAUGAGCAGGACACCUCUAUUUUCCUAUUACUUCUAGGUCCACAAUUGGAAAGGACUCCACAUUCAUCUAUUCCACUUGGUGUUAAAAUUCCCUUAUAGAUUUCUUGCUAAGUGAUAAUCCAGACUCUGCUUAAGCAUCACCUGCAACAAGGAGCUCAUUACUUCUUAAGCUCUUCCAUUUCCUCCAUCAUGCUUUGUUCCAAGCUCCCAGAACCAGCCUUUCGGGCUUAGGUGCUCCUUGGUGCCGCACAAAAUUAAUCUUUAGUACAUAAUAAAAUGUCGCUCCCUCCCUCUGUUUUCCUUCCAAAUAUAUUUUGCUUUUGGCGACACGUUACUUUACAAAAAAUAAACUUUGAUUUUUUUUUUUUUAGCUGAAGAUUAUAAAAACUUUUAAACAUCCUUAAAAAUAGUCUGAAGGGUUUUCUGAGGGUUAGGUUUUAGAGUAUGAGUUUGGGGUUGCUGUUUUUACUUUCUUAUUCAAAAGACAAACUGUUCUGACCGUUGUUAUACAGCUUCAUGCCUUCCCCCAGUAACUAACCCAUGAAACCCUCUCCUGUUAUUCAUUCUGCUGAUAAUGACCUUAAAAUGUUGGGAAAUGUCAGCGUGUGAUCUCCACUUCUAACAAGGAAAACGUCAAAAGCAAAAAAUACUGGUUCUAUUGAAAUGCAUCACCUCUGGCCAGUUGUCCUUUGCGAAAGGAAGGAGGUUACAUUAUGUCAUGGUUUUACAUAGAAAUGUACACAUUCUUUCCAUAUUGUCCCGAGUUACUAUUUAGUGUCAAUACCAUUCCUUGGUCUUUGGGAGGACAAGGCUUGCAGCCCUUCCACCCCAGCCUUAAAUUCCAGAGUCCUAUCGGCAGAACCUGUCAUCAGGCUCCUGGGCAGGACUUGGAGGUGGCUUUCUGAGCUCUGAAAUAAUAAUUCCUAAGAGAGCUUACAAACUGCUCUCACACAUAAAACAGCCCUGGGAGGAAGGUUAUUAAUAGCCCUAUCCUAGAAGAGAAAGCUGAGGCUCAGAAUUGUUAAGUGACUUGCCAAAAGCGAUAGAGCUGGGGCUUCCCUGGUGGGGCAGUGGUUGAGAGUCCGCCUGCCGAUGCAGGGGACACGGGUUCGUGCCCCGGUCCGGGAAGAUCCCACAUGCCGCGGAGCGGCUGGGCCCGUGAGCCAUGGCCGCUGAGCCUGCGCGUCCGGAGCCUGUGCUCCGCAACGGGAGAGGCCACAACGGUGAGAGGCCCGCAUACCGCAAAAAAAAAAAAAAAAAAAAAGCGAUAGAGCUGGUAAGUGGUAGAUUUGGGGACAUACCCAGGUCUUGCAAGUCCAGUGCUCUCUCCAGUGGCCGCUCUCAGGGCACAAAAUACCUCAGAGCACACUGUAUGCUUCUCACAGACCACCGUGCCCCCUGUUUGAGGGCAUCCAAGGAAAUUCACACAGGUUACUCAGCUAUCAGGUGGCAGAGCCAUGUGUGUACUGUGGUGUUUGAGAUCAUUUAGAGCUUGCAUGCAUUUUCUGUGUCAUCUUGUGGGAAACAACUAGGUAUUCUGAUUGGCAGUGUGAUGGAGCCGGUGAGGAAGGGCCACCACUAAGAACAAACACUGUGGCACUGAAGUACACUUCAGCAAAUUUCCCCAGAGACCGUGGUUUACUUUACAUUAACUGAAAAACUCUCUGGAAAUGUGAGGUUCCGAUUAUCAACCAAGACCAUGUCAUUUAGAAUCCAGUGGCAUGCAGAAGUGACUUGACCCUUAGGACCAUUCUCCUGUGGGCUACGAUUUACACCCCACAGAGGCAGGAACUGCUGUAGGUAAACAAUGCAUAUUCUUCUCUCAGUUCACAUUUAUCGAGGCCCACCAAGUAUAUGUCACAGCAUCAGGCAUUUCCGAGCCAGCCAACCGACCUUGACCUUGAAAUGUCUGUGAACAAAUGCUAUGGGAUUGACUGCCGUCCUGCGACUUGGCUUUUGCUAUUUGAUAGCCUGGGCCUACCCAGCUGUGGUUGUUUUGUGAUUUGUGUGUGCUUAUCAUGAGGCGUUUGGUACUAUGUUGUUUCCAGCAUACUUACUUGGAAGCCUGCGUGUAGAUUCUAGAACCUGCUCUACGUGGCAUUUCAACAACUGGGUGUGCCUUCUCUUGAGCUGCAUCCCUCAGGAAGCUGUGCCUUUUGAUGUGUGCUCUUGGCUUUUUAGUUCCUCCCAUUUCUCAUUAUAGUUGUUUGGCUUUAAGUUAAGAUCUGUUCACUGACUGAAAAAUAUCUUUCUGCAUCUGAGUUAAAUCUACUGCAGGGAACCUUUAAAAUGAGCUUAUCUAAUAAGCUUUCUAGGCAUUUUCCCUCCCUAGAGGCUUCCAUCCAUCAGGCUGGCCUCAUCAUCCCUCUGCUGAAUUCCCUGGGAUUAAUGAGGGCCAAGUUAAAUAACAAAUGGCCUCUCACCCCUUUCCAGUCUUCACACCUGGGAGAUACAGGCGGGGCCAGCGGGGCCAGUAGACGAGUCUCUUUGGCUGAAAUGGCAACGUUUAGACACUGGAAAGGUGGCUGAUCUUGCUGUGAGGUCUGAUUAAUGUGAUGACUGAUAGAGUGGAAAAUGAUUUCUCGUAGAAUAACAGGUAUAACCCCCACUACAGGAGUGGGGUAGCAGAAGCAGCAUUCUGAGAACUUUAUCUGGGUGAGUAUGCCUGAGCCCAGACUCACUUGGGUAGAAACUGUGCUGUCUUAUUAGAGGGAAUAAAAGGACAGUGAAGCUGUGAAUACGAAAAAGCAGCCCUUUAAAAAAAUCAAGGGAGCCACAAACUCUGAUUUAUCUUUACGUAAUGUAAAGGAAAUUAUGAAUGCAUUUUCUUCUUCCUCCACUGUACACAGUAUUACCCCCCAUACUUAGGGAAAAUACAAUUGUGUUGUCCUCAAAACGCUCAUCCAUGCACGUGCUUGCACACAGGUGCACACUCUCUCUCUCACACGCACACGCACACACACACACACACUCACACGCAGACAUCUUCCAAGAAGGCUGAUCCUUCAAAAAGGAAAUCUUAUUUUAAAACACUUGGAUUUUUCAGGCCAAGAAACUAAUAAUUCCUAGACCUGACCCAUUUUAGUGACUGCUAAAAAAGAAAAGAGAAAGCUAUUUAAAUUUUGUACGCAUCCAUUUAUCUCUUAAAAUAUGCCAAAGCAAUUUGCGGUGAGGGUGGAGACUAAGGUAUUUAUCUCUGCUGCUUGAGACUCUCUUUAUAUUUCUACCUGUUGGGAAAAGGGUAAGAACUAUUCUUGCGCGGUUAUUAUUUGAAGCAUUUGUGUUGCCACCUUGUACGGUGCCUGCUUUGCUUCCUACCGAGGCAUAAGAAUGAGUUGUUUUUUUGACUCCUUCUCCCCCAUCACGAGGGAGUAAAUAUUAAAGCCUGAAUGUCUUCCUCACCAAAUUAUUUCACUCCAUUUCUGAGCUAGUUUAGAAAGUGCACAAGGGGGAGAGCUAGCUUUUCCUGGAUAUAUGUCUCCAUUUUUCUUCUUUCUUGGGAGACAGAUAUAAAGGAAACAAAUCCAGUUUCUUUUCAUCUCUCUUUCUCUUUGGGUGACAGUUGAUGAUCACUUAGUAAUUAUAAACCAGAAGUAGGCGAAUAGCUUAGCCAGGUUAUGAUGUAUCUGCCAACAUGCUUCAUUCCUUCAAACACAGACUUGGAGAGGAAAAGAGAUUUUAUCAUUUAAAUGCCAACAAUAGGAAUGGCCUCAUAUUUUAACUUUCAAACAGUAAAAGGUGAGGUGAUAUUUGGGCAGUGUUUGCAUUUUACUAACCCUAUGUGCCUUCUGCUUAGUUUUUAGAUGAAUGUCAUUACAUUAACAUAUCAGGGUGAAAUUGCCAAAAAGUGUUACAGUGCCUUGGACCUUCCUCACUGGGUAGCAAGUUGAAACUGGGAUAAACCGUGCCAGGCUGCUUACUUAACUGAAAUAUCUGAACUGAGGUGUAUCCUUGAUGAAAGAGAUUUAGGACCCUGGAGACUAAAUCUUGUCACCCACCAUUAGCUUCUAUUUAACUAGUUGCAAAAUCAUUUUUAAAUGACUUUCUUCCUUUUAGUACCCAUUUUUUCUCUUGGGAAAGCUGAUGAGCAAAUUAUCCAAGAAUUAUUUCUUAUUAAACAAAGUCAGAAUAUCUCCCCCCCCAAAAUCUGAAGUAGUCCUCAUUAAUUUUCAGGAAACAUAUGAAAAAGCAAAUAGAAUUAAAGAUGGCAUCGAUUGUCUGAUUAUUUAGCAUGAAUAAAAUUAUGUGAUUUAAUGUACCUUCAGCGAAAAUUUAAACUAAAGGCAAAACUUUCACAGCAGGAUGCAGUAUUGAACUUUUGCCUUGGUAUCGAUGCAAUUAAUUACUUUUUUGUUUUGCCUUUUAAACUUCACUUUUAUCAUUCUUUAUCAUUGGUUAAACAGAUUUGGAGCUGUCUCUUUCUCUACUGGGAAUAUGUGCAAUUAUGAGAUGCACCCCUCCCCCAAAAAAGGAAGGGAAAAGAAAGAACUUUCAGGUUGCAAAUCUGUGCCUUGAAGUAGACUUGACAUGAAGAUGCAGAGCCGGAGGAUAGUAAUUUUCCCUGAGCCGUACACACCAGCUUUUAUUUCAUGGCUUUGUCACAGGCUUUUCUCCUUCUGUGCUGUCACCUUUGAGAAAAAUGAUUGCACCUUCUCCAAGUCUGCCUUUUAACAGCUACAGUUGAGUUGGCAAGACUUCCCCAGCUCUGAAUAUAGCCAUUUGCCGACUCCGGCCUCUUUGCGAGACUGACUCAAAUCUGUGAUCUUCUGUUCAGCAUACACAUCAGCAAAGUGAGAAGAUGAGCACUAAAUAUAGGCUCUAUUAACUUUACUUUUAGAUUUACUGCCUUCAAAAAAGUGCCUAUUCUGAGAAACAUAGACGUUAUUCCUACAUAUGUAUGUACACACGGUACCCAGAGUCAUACCGUGCAGCCUUCAAAAACAUACCAUCGAAAGGAGUAGGUGCUAAGAUAAGGAAACCUUGCCAAAUGAAAGUCCCUCGUUUCCAAUAUCCCCUCCCAAGUGGCACCGUGAAACAGGCUGCAAGCACAUUCCCUGAGCAUUCCUUGCUGAUACAGCCACUUUAUAUUUUUAUCCUACUGGGUGGUGGCAUAUUGCUGAGGUUUCCUGUAUCUACUUCAAGGGAAUAUAUUAUGCUUUAUGGAAUUGGAACAUUUAGUCAGGAAAAAAAUUGUUUAAGGGAAUUAAUGAGCCAGGGUCUGUAUUAGGAUAUGUGUCAUAUGUGUGUUUUAUAAACUAAGCAUUGGUGAGCUUAGAAUGUCAGCACAUUGCUUCUCCUUUUAUCUCUCAGGCUAACAUCAGUGAAAACUAAAGAAAAGUCUUGGCUCUGAGAAUUGGAGGCUCAGGGGGCCAAAGGCCCUUGCCAGAUCCUUAGAGCAUCUUUACUUUGACUCCUAAAAAUAGUAGCCCAUGUUAUUUAAUGGCUUUUGUUUCCAUGGUUCUGUCACUGACAUUAUAACUGUAGAUACUGUCGACGGAGCAGCAGCUCAGCCUAGAAAGUUGGAUUCUCACCCAGGUGUGGCAAUAGGAGAGGGUCUGGACAAAUAGGACGAGGUAGACUAUGCACGAUUUUAGGAAAAGGGUUGAAGGGAGGACGUGCUUCCAAAAAAGAUCUUUCUCAAUGUGUCGUCUGACUCAACCAGCUGGCAAAUUACACUUGCCAAGUCGCUCUCUUCCCUUCUAAGUCAGUUGGCUCCACGUUCACUUGAUUCUGCCUGGGAAGGCAGGAUACCUCCAUUUAGCCUUUCCCCAAGGAAGCUCUUGGCAUCCUCUUGGUCCCAAAGUUAUCUCCUAUGCCACCUAGUUUCACCAAAUGGAAUUAAAGGGUGACAAGCAAUAGAAGAUGCUUCCCACGCCCUUGCAGUCAGCCACCAUUCUGCUUUCCAUCUAAGGGGCUCCACUACUUAAACUAGGGAGGAGGGCGGAACGGAUCAUGGUUUCAUAAUUUCCAGAGUGUGGACCACCCUUCCUUAGUUAUCAUUUUAUGAGACCACUUGUCAUUCUUUGGAGAAAGUGAUACUC